CCCUCUGCGAAUUGAGUGCCGCCCUUUCACAUCUCCGUCCCUCGAAGCCUCUCGAAUCGCCGUCAAUUUCGAUUCAUCAACGAUUUCAUUCGCAAUCCCGGAGGAAGGAAACCUAAAGUUGAUCUUGAUCGUUUGCUAUCUCCAGUCGAAUCCUUCGAUCGUCAGAGAAGUUCGUCCGGUCUUGCAGUUUUACUGCCUCUCUUUGUUUUCGAGUCUUCUUGCUCUUCGGUGAUCUUAUGCUUCCUCCGUUUUGAAUGGUCCUUUGGUUUAGGAGCUUUAGGUAAAUAUCUGCUGCCAUCCGUUUUUGGCGUUGUUCGUAUCCGGAGAUACUCGUGAUCCUUGGUUGUUGAUUUGAUAUGCAUCGGUGUUAAUUUGUUCUUUUUGCUCUUGUGUUUUUGUUAUAAUUGCAAGAAUAGCGUUGUUGAGGCGUUAAUGAUCUGUUCGUGCUGCGUGUAGUACAUAACUGAGAUCGAGUACCUGUUGAUAUAUCCUGUGGGUUUCCUUCAUGUUCAUCUCGAUAUACGUUUGCUUGUCCUAUUAAGAAGCUGUUAUUUCUCCCCUGCUUGUUAUAAUUCAUAGCCUUUCUUAAAUCGGAUAGUUGUUAAAUUGUUUUUCCUGCACCUCUUUGGUUUCAUUUCUUCCUAGUGUGAUGCUCUUCUUGCUUGCUGAAUUUCUUUUUCGCACGGACUGUUCUUAAUCCCUUGAAUUUUGCUGAGAUCGUCUAAGAUUUAUAGGUGUGGUGGUAGCUCUUGUGUCUAAAGUGUCAGGUUAUUUUCGUCAAAACAACAGGGGGAAAAGAGAAAAGGGGAAGAAGGGGCAGCAGGUUCCUAGGAGAACUACAAUUUAGUGGACUUACGAUGAUGUUCAUGAUUUCUCGUUUUGAAUGGUGAUUUGCAUGCUUUUAUCAGUAUAACAUAGCUUAUGCAGUGUGGAGAACGUGAGAUGAAUAAUUUAUUUAACGGGACUUUCCUUGACAGGAUGGUUUCUUUAGGAUAGGUAGGAAAGGUAGUAAAUCGAAUAUGUCUUAGGCCCCAAACUAGUUGAUUUUACAUGUCAUAUUUCUUAAUGUGUUUAUGUUUCUUUCUAUGCAGUUGUCAUGUAAAUUACACUUAGAAUGUCUGCCAUUGAGCCAAGAUCAUUACUGUUAUUUUGACAAAACUUUCAUGUCAAACUCACACAUCAGGUUUAGUCUCUCAGGAUGUCUUCGUAUUGAUGCUGUUAAAUGUGUGACUUUGGGAAUACUGCAAGUGUGGAUAACCUGAUUCCUCAUGCCCGAUGGUUUACUAGAUUUUGUAAAAUCAUGAUUACUUGUGUUGUGAUCCAAUGAAUUCAAAUAUUUUAUUGUACUCAUUUUUAAUGUUACGGCUUAAUAAUGGGAUGAUGAACAAUGUGCUUAUGCACACUUACUUCUUAUAAAUGUAAUCUUAUUGGCCGACUUAAAAAUGUCUCGGUGAAGACAAUAGAUGUAGAAGGGAGAGACCUGCAAAUAGGGUCGAGCUUGCUUGAGACUUUAAAUUAGGUUCCAAUACCAUGGUUAUUAUGUGUACAGACAAAAUAUUUUGUAAUCUCACACUGGAUGUUGCCAAUUUCGACUUGAUCCUUAACCACCAGCAUUUUGGUAAAAUUUUCCAUAUUUUCAUCUCUUUGUUUUGUUGGUAGAGUUCACGUCUUUCAGCCAUAUGUCGAUGGAUUAGUUGUGUACCUCGUGUAUAUCUCUUUUGGUUGGUCGAAAGAACCAAGUAUGAGUAAGUUGCAUGCAGGUUUAUCCAUUGUAACUGGUGGUGGAAUGAUUAGGUAGAUCUUCAUGGUCAGAUUUGGCAAAAUUGGUAGCUAGCACAGGUAAGACAUGAAAGAACUGCAUCCUGAUGUUGGUGGUAAAUAAAAUUGCUAACUGGAGGAGUGAGCCAUCGUUGGACAAACGUGAAAUUUAUAUGUAUGUUAAUGUUCGCGAAUCAGAGAUCUUCUGUGGAAGAUGAAGCUGGCAGCAAGCUAAGACACCGAGGGUGUAUCUGUUGCUGAUGUACUUUUUGUUCGAUUUGGUUUUCAAACUGCUUCGAAUGCAAAGUGAUCGAUCAUUAGGGGUCACUUUUCAGUGCUGGAGAUACGAGAGAGCUUCAUUGCAGCAUAGCAAUGUCUUUAUGGAGCUUUAAAUCUUGCUUGUUCUGACUGUUCCAAUUUUUAAAGUGAUGCUGAUAGAAGCUGUUCAACAUAUACUUGGAUUCUAUUGUUCAUAACAUGAAUUGGUCCACUGCUAUGUUGAAGAAACCUACAGUCUUGCACGCUUUUCCUGGUUUGAUGGGCUGCCAACUGCUUGUUGUAGGUAGGAACAACAUCGCUAAACAUCACUGUGAUUGCAGGUGCAUCAACUCUUGUAGUUGGCUUGCCAUAAUUGACUGGCAACGAGAAAUCAGCAUUAUUAGAUGGAGGGUUUGGCUGAUCAUUGUGAAUCUCCCAUCUUGGAGCCAAAAAUCAGCCAAGAUGAUGGAACAGAGAAUUCUAUCAAUUGCACUGAAUCGUCUGAUAGAAACUGUGGUAAGCCACAAGAUUUGACAUACACUCCAGACCUUCUUGCUGAUGAAAGACUGGCCAAAGGGCUUUUUCAGUAUGGAUGCCCACAUUAUCGACGAAGGUGUCACAUUAGGGCACCAUGCUGUGGCAAGAUUUUUUAUUGUCGGCAUUGCCACAAUGAGGCCAUGAACUCAAUAGAUGUCGAGAGGAGGCAUAGACAUGAACUUCCACGUCAAGAAGUUCAACAGGUCAUAUGUUCGCUGUGUGGCACUGAGCAAGAGGUGCAGCAAAUUUGCAUAAAUUGUGGUGUUUGUAUGGGAAAAUACUUCUGUGGGACUUGCAAGUUGUUUGAUGAUGAUGUCUCAAAGCAACAAUACCAUUGUAGUGGAUGUGGAAUCUGCAGAAUUGGUGGACGAGAGAACUUUUUUCAUUGCUUCACAUGUGGUUGCUGCUACUCGAUCGUGUUAAAGAACAGCCAUUCAUGUGUGGAAGGAGCAAUGCAUCAUGAUUGUCCUGUUUGUUUCGAGUAUCUGUUUGAAUCCACAAAUGAUAUAAGUGUGCUGCCAUGUGGCCACACCAUUCAUGUAAAUUGCUUGAAGGAAAUGCAACAGCACUUGCAGUUUGCUUGCCCGCUUUGCUCCAAGUCUGUAUGUGACAUGUCAGAAGUGUGGGAAAUUUUGGACAUGGAGAUAGCAGCCACACCAAUGCCUGGAUCGUACCACAAUAAAAAGGUUCGCAUCUUAUGCAAUGACUGUGGAGCGAUCUCAGAGGUUCAAUUCCAUGUCGUUGGACAAAAAUGCCUUAAAUGCAAAUCUUAUAACACUCGCCAAACUUAACAUCAGGCAAAAACAAAGGCUUGGAAUCUAGAACGACAAAUGACUGAUCAAGACAACCUUCAUUGAAUUCAAUAAGAGAGGUUGAUUCUUCAGAUGGCUGCAGUAGUAUCCUUCCUUCCAAGCACUUGUUUAGCUGCUGCUUCAGUGAUCCUCCUCCAUUCAAGAGUCGUGGCACACAUUUUAGAGGCUUCUCUGUUGUUUGUUGAUGUAAUUAAAGUGGUGGCGUGAAAGCUAUUAAGUUGAUGACUUUUAUUAUUACUAGGAUGUGAGAUGCUGAACACACAAAUAUGGGCAUUGGAAAUGCAGGUCUCGGAGCUGAAGGAUCCGUCAGGAUCACUGAUUUCAUGCUAGGGAGGGCCGGAUAGGACCCUUGCGUUGAA